AUGACCAGUGUGAAGGUUGUCGAGAGAGCGAAUACUGCUUUGCAAGGAUCUCCUCAGACUCAGAGUAUUGCUAAAAUAACGAUAGAAAGCAUCAAUUUGAAAGUGCCACAUCUCACACCCAACGAUGACAUAAAGUUGCAGUUGUUGACACGUAUCAAAGCAGAUGAGUCUAUGAUGAUACCGUUUCGCCGAUGGGAAUUGCACGAGCUACCAGCACUCACACAAGGAUCUACCAUAGAAAUCUGGUCCGUAAAGACAUGUUCUGCAUUGGACAGUCCAAGAUAUGUUAUAGUAUUUUUCCAAACGAAAAAAGCCGAUAAUUUGCAUGAAGAUGUCACCUUGUUCGAUAAUGCCAACAUCAAAUCCAUACGAUUGGCUCUGAAUAGCGACUAUUAUCCGCAAGAACGAAUGCUAUUGGACUUUUCCAAAGACCAAUAUGCCGACGCCCACUUCAACUAUACAGAGUUCAACAAGAGCUACCAUAACUGUCAAGAAAAGCGCUCUCUAGUAAACUUUGCCGAAUUCAAAUCCCGACCAAUGUUUGUUAUCGAUUGCUCGAGGCGCCAUCUGGGUCUAAAGUCGUCCACAGUUGACAUCAAGUUGGACAUUGAAGCGACUACAGGCUUCCCUCCCGACACCAAAGCCUAUUGCAUCAUCAUUCACGAUCAAAUCAUGGAACAUCUCCCACUCAGCGAAAUUGAUACGGAAUACUACUUUUACGGAGUAAUACAGCAGAUAAAAAUUCAUCAAGUCAGGUACCUAUAUCGAGUUAAGAACGCAUCGAGAAAAACUGCGAUCGAGAAUCUCCAGUACACGGCGGUCAAGAUGUGA